ACUGAGGAAGCAAAGCGACCACUUCUUGAUUCUCUUUCUCUGCCUCUCUGAUCUCUGUAAGGCCAGAGACAGAGCAAACAUAAAAGGAAACAAAAAGAAGGAAACUUACUUUUAGUUUUAAUUUCCAUUGCCACAAACACACUCCGUUCCUUUCUCUGCAAUGGCAGUCAAUACCUUUUCUAACCUCUCCACGCCCUCCUUCUUCCUCCAAAGACCCUCUUACUCCCACCACCGCCACCAGAGCUUCGCCAUCACCACCACCAACAGUUGCAGCUGCCUCUUCACUCCCUCUCUUGCAUUGACUGUCUCCAUCGCCCGCAAUAAAUUCCACCCCGCCAUAGUUUUUUCCUCGGGAAAUGGCGGCGGUUUUUCUGGCGGAACUGGGGGCGGCCGUAGUGGAAGCGGGGGAGGAGGAGGAGGAGGAGGACAUGGCGAUCGUGGUGAUCGAGACAGGUCACGCAAUCGAUCCGAAGCAAUUCUAGCUCUCGCAGAGGAGGGGAGGACGUUUGAGAGUUUGCCCAAGGACAUAACGGCGGCAAUCGAGGCCGGGAAGGUACCGGGAUCAAUUGUUUCUAGGUACUUUGAGUUGGAGAAGUCUCCUAUUUUCCGGUGGUUGCUGAACUUUGGAGGGUUUAAGGAGCGGUUGCUUGCCGAUGAUUUGUUCUUGACUAAGGUUGCCAUCGAGUGCGGCGUUGGGAUUUUCACCAAGUCUGCAGCAGAGUUGGAACGGCGCAGAGAAAGGAUUGUGAAGGAGCUCGAUUUUGUUUUUGCUGACGUGGUAAUGGCCCUGAUUGCAGAUUUCAUGCUCGUGUGGCUUCCUGCUCCAACUGUUUCUCUCCGACCACCUUUAGCUCUCAGCUCCGGAGCUAUUUCUACGUUCUUCUAUAAUUGUCCUGACAAUGCUUUCCAGGUGGCUUUGGCAGGAACCUCUUAUUCUUUUUUACAGAGAGUAGGUGCAAUAGCGAGGAACGGGGCCAAACUCUUCGCUGUUGGAACCGCUGCAUCUCUGGUUGGUGUGGGAGUUACAAAUCUGUUGAUUAAUGCAAGAAAGGUGUUUGAUAAAUCUUUUGCUGGUGAAUCAGAGGACGUGCCUAUAUUAUCAACCAGUGUUGCCUAUGGUGUGUACAUGGCAGUAUCUAGCAACCUAAGGUACCAAGUUCUUGCCGGAGUUAUUGAACAACGAAUCCUGGAGCCCUUACUACACCAACACAAGAUAAUCUUGAGUGCGAUCUGCUUUGCUGUCCGAACUGGAAACACAUUCUUGGGAUCUUUGAUGUGGGUAGAUUAUGCACGGUGGACUGGUGUUCAGAAGACAAGGGAGUGAAUGGAAAGUUGCAGUAGCGGUUCUUGGCAGCCAAUUUAACUUUAUUUUGAGUCGAUUGACUUUUUUUUUACUUGGAAUUACAGAGGAUGAGAGUUUGUCAUUGGAGUGUCUCCAAUUUUCAUUUCCAAUGAUCGAUUCACUGCCAAAAGGUUAUUCCCAACAGAAGGUUGGAAUAAGAACCAUUGCCAUUUCCCAUAGUACCACGUCUUCAAUGUUUCUCUUUUACUUUCCUUUGAACGCAAAUGUCAGACUUUCUGGCAAGGAAUUUGUGAGAUGGUGAAGAGAAAAUACCUGCCUGAUGUAGGAUUGAAGCA